AUGUCGACUGUCGAGAUUGCACUGCCACUUCCAGUCCUCCCUGGAGGCUGGGCUGGUGACAAGGACUUCAAGGCUGUUGGCCAACUCAGCCAGGCCAUCGACCGCAAUAUUGAGCCCGUUGGCCCACAUUUCCUGGCUUAUGCCCGCAGAAAGCGUCACCAGCGCACCUUCUCCGAGGAUGAACGCAUCCAGGCCCAGGCCAAUGUCAAGAAAGUCGAGGAAGAGGACCCUGACGACAUUGACGAGCCUGAGGACCCCGUUUUGCUCCAGCGCGAGGCCAAGGACUGGAAGUCGCAAGACCACUACGCCGUACUCGGAAUAACUCGUUACCGCUGGAGGGCUACGGAAGACCAAAUCAAGCGUGCCCACCGUCGCAAGGAGGCAGUUCGACUCGGUUGA